ACCUCACCAGAGAGAUCGUGAUAGAGAAGAAAACACCUGAAAUAACACUCCGAUUGAAUUCUAAACCAAACCGCGUAUCAUAAUCGAAUACAACCUCCGCAACUCGAGAAAUUCUCUCGUCAAUUGGCAUCACAAUUAGGGUUUAUAUUUAGUUACAGUAAACUGUAUACAAGAUCUCGUUGAAUUCAAUUCUUUCAUUAGAUUCGCGUUAUCAACAAUGAUGUUUGUGCACUGAUGCCAUUGUUCUGGUUUAUUCGUCAACUCGUAGAAGCAAUGGCAAUGUCGAAAAAGGUGAUUACAAGAGAAGAUUGGGAAAAGAAGCUAAAUGAUGUGAAGAUUAGGAAAGAAGACAUGAAUAAAUUGGUGAUGAAUUUUCUUGUUACGGAAGGUUAUGUGGAUGCUGCUGAGAAGUUCCGUAAGGAAUCCGGAACUGAACCAGAUAUUGAUCUCGCAACAAUCACUGAUCGCAUGGCUGUUAAGAAGGCUGUGCAGAAUGGAAAUGUUGAGGAUGCGAUUGAGAAAGUUAAUGAUUUAAAUCCUGAGAUUUUGGAUACAAAUCCUCAACUGUUUUUCCAUCUCCAACAACAACGGUUAAUAGAAUUAAUACGGGAUGGAAAAAUAGAAGAGGCUUUGGAAUUUGCUCAAGAGGAACUUGCGCCAAGAGGAGAAGAAAAUCAUAGUUUCUUAGAAGAGUUGGAAAGGACGAUUGCCCUGUUAGCUUUUGAAGAUAUUACCAACUGCCCUGUUGGAGAUCUCCUGGAUAUUUCACAGCGGCUAAAGACAGCAAGUGAAGUGAAUGCGGCUAUCCUAACUAGUCAGAGUCAUGAAAAAGAUCCAAAGCUUCCAAGUUUACUAAAAAUGCUGAUAUGGGCUCAGAACCAACUCGACGAAAAAGCUGCUUAUCCUCGGAUAAACGAUCUAAUUACCGCCACAAUUGAGGAUCCAGCAGUUUGAAAAGCUAGGAAGUCUCCUGGAAGCUAAGGAUUGCCAUUGAUUGAACGCAUAGUCUUACUCUAAUGGAAUCUUCAAAUUUGUGCAGUGCUAUCAAAUAGACUUUAGGCACUUUAUUGUUGGAUUAUUAUCAGAACUUGGUUGGCGUUUAUUCUCUUCGAAUAUGGUCGAAAUCCAUUUCUGAAUUUAAUUUGCAUGUGCAGUUGUUUCUUCA